AUGAGACCGUCCAAUCCGAAGGAAAAAGAAAGCGAACUCUUGACCGAAGACAGUACAGCCAGGCCCUAUCCAAAUGAACUCACUGCACUGUACACAUUGCUGGCGAUACUAUUUCUAGCCAGCUUGGCCUAUGUCGUUGUCAAAGCGGUGAUUCAAUCAAGAAAGUCUGGAUUUUUCUCAUCGGGAACGAAAUCUGAGACAUUACCGAUCAAUGGGAAAGGUGUGGUGAAUGCAGCUUGA